UAUUAAUAUUGAUAUUGUUUUUUAAAUUGCUGUCUCCAUGUGAUUCUUUGAUCUUAUUGUGAUUUUGACAAUUCUUUUUACAUAUUUUAUGUGAAUGAAUUAUUUUUUUAUGAAAAUGUGUAUAUAUAAAAUAAAAUGUUAUUGAUCAAUAAUGUCAAUAAAAAUUCUACAAUUAUCAUGUUUUUGCAGGAAUUUGUUAAACAAUUACAAAAUAAGUUUAUUAAUUUGAAAUUUAAAUAAACAUGAAUGAUCUAUAACAUGAUGGGAGGAAGUAUAUUUGAAAUACUUCCAUUAUACCAUCAAAAUGGAAGUGGUAGAGAAAUUUGUCAUUGGAUAACACAUAUUAAAUUGUCUAGAAUUAUAAUGUUAACAUCUGCUGUUUUAUUCAUUGUACCAUUAUUUACUCAUUAUUAUUUAUCAAAGGUGGAAUCUGAUUCCCCAGAUAAAGAUAUUUAUCGUACAUUCUCCACACUGGAGGCUUUUGAAGAUUUUACUCCUAUGAAGGCUUCUCAAUUGAAGAUGAGAAUAGAAGAAAUGUUGCGUAUUAAAGUUUCUGUAAAUAAUGAACUUAGGGAUCUGAGUGCAAAGAGGCAAAGACUUCAAGUUGAAGUUAGUAGUUUAACUCAAAAAAUUGAUGAAUUAAAACAGGAAUUAUUGCAUCAACAAACUGAUCUUGAUAGAUUAAAGAUCAGUGUUGAACAAGCACAAGUAGCUCAAAGAGAAGCAGUGGAAAGAAAUACACCAGAAUUAGCACCACCUAAACGUAUAUUAAUGAAUUCUGUUCCUGUAGUAUUACCUAAUAUUGUACCACAUUCAUGUAGAAUGUAUAAUUGUUUUGAUCACAGUCGGUGUGCAUUAACUAGUGGUUUUCCAGUGUAUUUGUAUGAUCCUGAUCAGUAUUCUGUAGUAAAUUCUGGAUGGGAUGUUGAUGGAUUUUUAAAAACUACUAUAAAACAAACAUUAGGAUAUAAUCCACAUCUCACUACAAAUGCAGCUGAAGCUUGUAUAUAUAUAGUACUCAUAGGGGAAGCUCUCUCUAUUCAACAAAAAGUAGACAAAAAAUUUCGUAAACCUAUAGAUGUAAAAAAAUUACAUGCACUCCCAUAUUGGGGUGGAGAUGGCAGAAAUCAUAUUUUAUUAAAUUUAGCACGUAGAGAUUUAUCUGUAGAAUCUGGUGAUAUUUUUAGUGGAAUAGAUACGGGAAGAGCUAUAAUAGUACAAUCCACAUUCUUUAGAAAUCAAUUUCGUGAAGGAUUUGAUUUAGUUGUCCCACCAAUUUUAGGACCUCCAGGUGGUGAUGUCUGGCAAGAAUGUGCACAAAUGUUGCCAGCAAGAAGAAAAUAUUUAUUGUCUUUUCAAGGAGAAAUGAGAUCUCCAAAAAUUACUACCAUGACACAUCAAAUUGAUGAUGCAGAUAUAGAUAUAGAAAAGUUAACAAUUGAUGAAAAUAAUUUGGAUGCUUUUAUUAUACAACAUCUUAAAGAUAUGAGUACAGGAUUAACUUUGGAUAAAUUUUUCAUUCAAUUUGAGUGUAUACCAGCCUCUGAAGAGAAAAAUAUAGUAGAAAUACUUGACUGGUCUUUGUGUGGAACAGAUUCUUCAAGAAAAGCUAUAUUGAAAGAAUCAACAUUUGUUUUAAUUUUAGCUCCUAGUAAUACAUCAUUUGUAACCACUUCAUCUAUGCAGGCUAGGUUAUAUGAAGCAUUACGGUCGGGUUCUAUCCCAGUUUUUUUAGGUGGUGAUCAAAUUUUAUUAAGUUACAGUGAAGUUAUCAGUUGGAGACGAGCAGCUAUCUUUUUACCAAAGGCCAGGGUAACAGAAAUGCAUUUCCUAUUACGUGCAGUUCUCGACACUGAUCUUUUAAGUAUGCGUAGACAAGGUAGAUUAAUAUGGGAACGUUAUUUAAGUACUGCUCAAGGUGCGGUAGAUACUAUUGUAGCUGUAAUUAGAGAUCGACUCGGUAUACCACCUUUGCCAGCACCUCAAACUGCCAGUCCAAGUGUCUUUAAUGAAAGCUUUGUGCCUUUAAAAUCUGAUACUAUUAUCGCUGAACCAGAAGCAGAAGAAAGUUUAGGACCUCUGGAACCACCUUAUCCAUCUCCUGCAUUUAAAAGAAAUUAUACUACAAUGUUACUUCAAGGUCAUGAAAUCUGGAAUGAUUGGGUAGAUCCAUUUUAUUUAUAUCCGCAAUUACCUUUUGAUACCGUCCUUCCUAGUGAUGCAAAAUUUCUUGGUUCUGAAAUGGGAUUCAGACCGAUUGGUAAAGGUGCUGGAGGUGCGGGUAAGGAAUUUAGCGAAGCUCUAGGCGGAAAUUAUCCCAGAGAACAAUUUACAAUUGUGAUGUUGACAUAUGAACGAGAACAAGUUCUUAUAAAUUCUUUGGCCCGAUUGUAUGGAUUACCAUAUUUAAAUAAAGUUCUAGUAGUAUGGAAUAGUCCAAAACCACCUAUGGAAGAUUUAAAAUGGCCUGACAUUGGAGUACCAAUUCAUGUAAUCAAGGCUCCAAGGAACAGUUUAAAUAAUAGAUUUCUACCAUUUGAUGCUAUCGAAACGGAAGCUGUUCUUUCAGUAGACGAUGAUGCUCAUUUACGACAUGAUGAAAUUAUGUUCGGAUUCAGAGUAUGGAGAGAACAUCGAGAUCGUGUUGUUGGAUUUCCCGGUCGCUUUCAUGCAUGGGACCAGAAUUAUCACAAUGCUUGGAACUACAAUUCUAAUUAUUCAUGCGAAUUAUCAAUGGUUUUAACUGGUGCUGCAUUUAUUCAUAAACACUAUACAUAUCUAUAUACACAUUGGUUACCACAAGCAAUUCGGGACAAAGUUGACGAAUAUAUGAAUUGCGAAGAUAUUGCUAUGAAUUUUCUGAUAUCUCAUCUUACUAGAAAACCACCUGUUAAAGUCACAUCUCGAUGGACUUUUAGAUGUCCUGGUUGUCCUGUUUCUCUUUCGGAAGAUGAUACGCAUUUUCAAGAAAGGCACAAAUGCAUCAAUUUCUUCUCUCAGGUUUUUGGAUACAUGCCUCUUUUAAAUACUCAAUAUCGAGCUGACUCAAUAUUAUUUAAAACGAGAAUUCCACACGAUAAACAAAAAUGUUUUAAAUUUAUAUAAAAGGAAAAGAAAUGGAAAUAUUACUAUACAAGUAAACAUUACUUGAUAGAAUUUACAUGAUUUUGAUAACAUUUUAACUGAAUUUCCUAUGAAGUAUAUUAACAUGUGAAACAAAUAUCGUAGAAUUUUUAUUGUCCUUACUUUUUUAUUGUAUCUUUUUUUUAUCAAUGUACAUGAUCGAGUAAAAUGCACAUUCGAAAUUUAUAGUGAAAUUUAAUGAUGAAAGAUUGUCGAUUGUAUACAUAUAUUAUAGAGAAUAUAAAAUAUAGUACGAACUCUUUUUACGUCGUUGUAUACAUAACAUAUAUCGUACCGAUUUUAACGAUUUACGAUGAAGCGUAAUAAAUUAAUUUACAAAA